AUGUAUGUAAUUACUCUAAGGUUCGAACUUUCAUCGAAAGUGUGGUAUGUACAAAUUACAUCAAUCUUUUUUUCUUUUUAUUGGUCUUUUACUCUAUUGCUGAGCACACGGACAAAAACGCUGAGCGCAACGAGCACAACUGAGUCAAUAGAAAUCCCUUUGAUCGCUGAUAGAUGGACGAAUAAUAUAAAUUACAGGCAGCUUGUAAUGUCUUCAUGCAUUGGCAUCGUCCAAGUAUGGUGGCACCCUUACUUACACGACUUGCGUAAAUUCCUACCGUUCCUUUUUCUCUACAAUAUAUUUAGCGUACUCUUCGGCUAUCCUUUACUAUAUUUGGAAUUGGCUUUAGGAGUGGUAACAAAAAAAGGAGUUCUAAAUUGUUGGGAUCUAGCGCCUAUGGCCAGAGGUGUAGGCUUCGCAAUGUUGUCGUCUUGCGCUUUGACGGCUUUAGUGACAGGUGUAGUGAGUGCGUGGUGUUUGGCUUUGUUCGUGCAUUCGUUUCACUCGUUCUUGCCGUGGCUGCACUGUGCGGCAACGGCGCAGCCGGCUUGCGCUGCGAGGCACCGACCCCUCCCACAGGGAAGCGAGACCCCACCACAAUCCUUCUUCUUCAAUUUUGUUUUGACCUUGAAACGUGACGGACUAAAAGGUGGCCUGGGUAACAUAGUGCCAGAAGUGACAUUCUAUUAUAUAAUUUGUUGGGUACUGAUCUACUUCAUGACUUUCAAGCGAAUAUAUGGCUAUUCUAAAUUAAUAUUAUUCAAAGAUGUUCUUGCUUACUUCAUGCUGAUUAUCUGUGUGCUGGGUGCUGUACGGCUCGACGGAGCUACUACGAUGUUUAACGAAUGUGAUUGGGGCGUAUUGUUUGAAGGAACCCAGAUUUGGCGCGAUGCAUUAGAAUAUUCCCUUGUACAGAUGUCUGUGUCGCAAGGGGUAUUAGUUAUGCUGGGCGCAUAUUGUCCCAAGGAGCAACACAAGCUCGCUACUACGGCUUUACUUACGUUCAUCGUAUCUAAAACGUGCUGUAUGGGUAGUGGCCUCGUACUUGGCGCAGCUCACGGAGCUCUACGCAGAGAUUAUGAUACCGAAACAAAAAUCUGGAACGGUUCUUCAUCAUCGCUGAUAUUAUGGGCAGAUUACGUAGCCAGGAUACCCGGCAGUCAGUUUUGGUCGGCUAUUGUUUUCUUCACUCUUUUUGUUCUAGCAUUGUCUACCACGGCGUUACUGGUUCAAACUAUAAUGUCAACUUUCACGGGGCAUUCUAUAAGAAAGAUCACUUGGGCAUUUCUAGUGAUGAUUUGUGUGUUGUUUUGUUUCAUCGGCAUCAUGACUCUGUGUACACAGGCGGGACUGUAUGUCCUAAACUUUCUAAUGACGUGGCCGGUGUCCAAAGUGCGCGCGCCUAUAGCGGCAGUUGUAGCGACGGUCAUAACAUACAUGUAUGGACAGACGACGUUCUGCGAAGAGGUCUACUUCGCCGUGGGUGAAUACCCGUGCAUGUUUAUGAGAAUAUGCUGGGCUGUUUCGCCAGUCAUACUCGUGGUAAUACUUCUAACUGGUAUGGACGCAUUAUCGACCUUUGAAGCGACAGUUGGAUCAAUAUCAGUUAUGCUAUGUUUGCUAGCUAUUCCUAUAUUCCUGAUCUUCUAUUUCGUAUUCAGGUGCAGAGUAAGGAACAUCGUGGAUAAUGAGAAAUAA